CGUCAGCUGACACAGCAUAGUCAACAAUCCUCUUAAAGCAGCAGCUAUGUCUGCCAAGGAUUCUGAGAAAAUGCAGAUCAUGAUGGAGCUGGUAAAUGAAACUGAGAUCAGUCUGCUUGAAUGCAAGGUCUGUUUUGAAAAAUAUAGCCACCAAAAACAACAUCGUCCAAGGAACUUACCCUGUGGGCAUAUUAUAUGCCUGGAUUGUGUGUGUUCACUAGCACAUCCAAGGAACUUUAGGCUGGAAUGCCCUUUCUGUCGAAGAGUGUGCAAGUCGUCUGAGACAAGUGACUGUUUACCAUUGCUGCACCUAACUGAGAUCUUACGACCUGCAACUAAUAUUCCUUCUACUUCAGGAACAACAGCUGGGGCAAGUGACGAAGGAAUUGGAUCAACAUCUCCAGGCUUAACGUUUAGCCUUUCUUUUGGAGGCUGGGGAAUGCUAAUCAAUCCAACUGGGAUUGCAGUAUGUCAGAGAUCUAGCUGUGUAGUAGUGGCACAUGAUGGCAAGAAAAGGAUUAAGCUCUUUGGUUUGAGUGGAAGCUGUAUACAGCAGUUUGGGGAACGAGGCAACGCAGGCAAUGAUAUCAAAUACCCACUUGAUGUAACAGUCACACUGGAUGGUCAUGUCGUUGUCACAGACAGUGGGGAUCAGUCUGUGAAAGUGUUUGACUUUGAUGGAAGAGGCAAGCUAGUUAUCCGAGGGUCCUUCCACUUACCAUGGGGUUUGGAUAUCACCCCUGAAAAUAAAGUUAUUCUGACUGAUGCAAAUGCAGGGGCCCUUUAUCAUUUGACAGCUGAUUUUAAAAAAGGGGAACUAAAAAAGAUUCAGAAGACCCAGUCAGACCUAUGCAAUCCAAGAGAGGUGGCAGUUUCUCAGCUGUCUGGGGUUAUUGCUGUAAUUGAGCACCUUCUGGCUAGAGGACCAAACUACAGCAGUACAAGGAUGAAGAUAUUCAAUGCUGACAUGACGCUUAUUGGCCAGCUCGAUAGCUUUGGUCUCAACCUAUUUUUUCCUUCCAAAAUAUAUGUCACUGCUGUGACCUUUGACAGAGAGGGACAUAUCAUAGUAGCAGAUGUCUAUAACCAGGCUGUAUUGUGCUUAGGGAAGCCUGAGGAGUUUCCGGUCUUUAAGCCCAUAAUUACCCAAGGGCUUGCUUACCCUGUAGCAUUGACAUACACAGCAAACAAUUCUCUGAUUGUCUUAGACAAUGGUGACCAUUCAGUAAAAAUAUAUACCACUAGCUGAACUAUUUUUGAUUCCUGCUAAUGUAAUUUAAUUCAAUUUUCAUCUUUUAAAAAAGCUAAGCUAUGGUUUUAUUGGAUAGUUGCAUCAUUUUUGUUCCUUCCAUGAACUUGUAGGAAACUGCUAGGUUUUUGGAUGGAUGUGCUGUAUGAUUUGUGAAAUUCUUGCCAAUUCUGACUUCUGCAUAUUGUGUGACAGUGUCUACUGCAGCAUAAGACAGAGAUUUCCACCAUAUGACUUUGCAUUUUUCCAAACUAUUAUACACAAUGAAGUUGUGAUUUGUGUGUGCAUGUGUGAACAAAAAGAAUGAUGUUCUAAACAUUUUUUAAAAGGGUAGUUCUAGACAAUGGGAAAUCCUGGCUAUUUUGACUGCUGGAAAGGAUGUCUUACCUUUUGGUUUUCUUUCUUAGUGUCUAAUUUAUCUGAUGUGUUGGGUAAGUUGAGAGAAUGACAUGAGGAAAUACAGCAAUUUUCAUGUUAAUAAAUUCUAAUAGGAGGGGAACUGGCUUGAUGAGAUGAAAAGUGCCUUUCAGUUCAGGAUCAUUGUAGACAACAUUCAACUAAGGUCCAUACUGGCAUCCAUUAUAAUUUUUAAGGAGCCUAAGUGAAAUGAAUGGAAGGUAAAAGUCUAGGACUUCCAGUGUGAUUACUGAAACUACCAUGAAAACUGGUGUUGGAGGCCAAUGGGAUUAAAGACUGAUUCAUGGUCUCAUCCCUACAUGUCUCAUCAUAAGAGUUGAGAUUAUUAGUAGAGUAAUACUUGGAAGAUUUUGCUGUUAGUACUAGGCAUUUUCUUUAGAUAUUUCCCAGGAUCGACUUUCCAUAGUAAACCACUUCUUCGUGAUCACUGACUUCAUUUGAAAAAUAUUUUUAUAAUCUGUUAUGGAGACAGUAUCUCAAGGUUUGACAAGAUUUUUAUUUUUCUUCCUAUUUGCCGUGUUUGUUUGAAGUUGUUUCUUGCUGGCCUUUCAAAUAGUAUAUCAGUGCUCCUGCUUCCAUACCAAACAGAACUGAGGAGUGUAGAUGGGAGUAAGUAGAGACGGCAAAGGCACAGCAAAAUUUGGAUUCAGUCUUUAUUUUAUCCGUGCUAAUCUGCAUAUCUCUGGUCACCAUUUCUGUUGCUUCACUGAAGAGUAGAAAUGAAGAUAUAAUUGCAUUAAUUUAACAGAAAUGAUAAUAUUGUAACUGGACUCUUGACUGAAUCCUUUCAGGUUUCUUUGCUAAAAAUGGGAUAUUUUGAAAUAAGUAAUAUAGUGGCAGCAGCAGUUUUGGCCUUUCAGACUGUGAAACUACUACGUAGGCUUUGAACCAAAGCCCUUUGAAGAUGUCAAUGGGGAAUCCUUCCAUUAACUUCAGUAGCCUUUUGAGCUAGCUUCAAGAGCUGGUAGUGAUUAUUAGAUAAUAUUGCACCAGUAGUCAAUGUGACAGUAUUAAAUUAAGCAGUAUUGAGAUACUUUUCACUUAUUUGAAAAUGAAUGUAUUUUUUAUCUGUCAUGUUAACAUCUGUAAAAAUAUAAAACUCCAUUAAAUAGAAGCUAUUU